AGUAAAAUGCCAUGGAAUGACUGAGCUGGAGGGGAGCAGCAAGCGAGUAGUGGGGUUAGAACUUAGAGACACCUUCUAUGCAGGUGUUGCGAUACGCGGAGAAAGGGACGGUGUUGCAUUGAUGAUCAAUCCGGAAUACCUUUAUUUUUAGGGAGGAUUUCCAGACUACAACCACCAAUCGAUGACGACCGAUAUGCAUGGCCAGCCGUGUCUGUUCGGUCAGUGGUCUCGGGGUACACGGUACCCAUAUGGUAGUGAGAGCACCCGACACUGAAAUGGCGAUGAAAUCCUUGAACGAAAGGAUAAUUUAUCGGUCAGUAAAGGGAAGUUUUGCAUGCUGUCCUCGUCUCUGCAACUCAUCCCUUUGCAACAAAAAGUAUCCUGAAUGCCGCAAUUCGUCGAAAAUCCCCUGCAGAUCAAUAUCGAUCAGUUUCAGCUCAAUCGGUCCGCUACGUCGCGAAUUCGACUUGUAACCGUUGAGUUUCUUCGGAAAACCUCUCUAUGUGGGACCUGGUGACUUGAAAUCUCUAUUCAAACGCCCGGAAUGUUGGAUAAACUGGCGAUGUAUUUCCCUUCCGAUGAUAACUAUAUAAACCCUCAAAAUCCAAUGGAAUCAAGAGAACGAAGUGACUCCCCCAAACAUGUUUCUCAGGCUUCCCGUCGUCGCAGCAGUCAUAACAGCGCUGUCUCUGAACCCAUUGGUCCAGGCCGCAACGACUGUCAUACCCACAGACUCCUUUUCAUCAUAUUCCAACCUCGAGAAGUAUUGGAACUACCUCUAUCCCUGGGGUUCGGACCAUAAUGGCAGUGGGAGAAUGUUCGGUAGCUCCUCUGAUCACUCCCACAUUUCGGUUUCUGGCAAUGUUCUCAGCUUGAUUGCUACUCCGCUUUCCAACCCGAACCCACCAACCAGUACGGCCAACCCUCAUCCGGCGAUUCACUAUGCUAGUGGUGCAAUCCAUGCAAAGGCACAGAUCACCGUGACGAGGGAUAAUUCAUACACUAUUCAAGGGGAGUUCAGUGCUCCUACUGCUCGAGGAACAUGGCCCGCUUUCUGGCUCACAGCCGUCAACGGCUGGCCACCCGAAGCCGACAUUGGUGAAUGGAAAGGUACAAACAAUAACUGGUAUAACACCUUCAACACUUCUUCCGUCGUCCGCUCCAACCUUGUCGCUUGGCCAUCCGAUCUAUCUUUCCACUCCCUUAAAGCCGCUUUGACUGCCGAAUCUAAUAACGCUGAUGUGAAACUCGACUUUUAUAUGGACAACCAGCUGAAGGCUACGCAGUAUGGACAGGGGUUUGUCGGAAAGGCUAUGUGGUUGAUCAUUAACCUUCAGAUGGAAGGAAGCUCGGGCUCUCCAGGACCAAGUGGAACCACGACGUACAAGAUACGCAACGUCCAGGUUACUCGAUCUGGCAGUUAAGGUGACUCAACUCUGCGUGUACUCAGUCUUAACGAGGAGUGAUCUGGUGUUGUCGUGAUGUUAAAUAAUAUAUGAACAGUAUUAUUUGUAUACUACAUCUGCGCUGGGUCGUGUUCAUCUAUCUAUCUAUCUACCACUGUCUUCGCAA